AUGUCGACUUCCAGGCCGGCCGACCAUUUGACCAUCGGCUAUCCCCCGCAUUCGACCGCUGCUCAGCGUUCCACCUCGCCCACUACCACGUCACCGAAUGACCCCCCUCCCUCUGUCGGGAGCACGUUGCGGUCUCCCUUCGGUCUGUCUCCUGGUCUGACUGCUGCCUCCAAGAUGUCGGGCGUGCCGCGUUCUGGUGCAGGCUCACCCUCACACGAGAUGGCCGCGGGCCGCCUGUUCUCGAAGCGCGCUCGCGAGAUUCAGGCACAGGAAGGCGUCUCGGUACUGCCGGCAAAUCCUUGGGGCGGGCCUCCGACCAGCGGGAACUCGACCCCACUCCGCGAGAGCAUCCCCGAGUCUCCCACCGAUGCCUUCCCCGAUUUCACCAACCUACCUACUCCAGACAGCCUUCCGCAGACUCGUCGUGCUCGGGCCGGCACCGUGCCAUCUAGGUUCCCGCCUGGAGGCGCUGGCAAUGCCUUGCUGGGUAUUCCCUCUCUGGCUGCCAAUGCCUCGCGGCCGAGCCCCACCACCAGCGCAAGUAACAAUCCUUCUACCACGUCGACGCUGCUCUCUAGGCUGCGCGCCGGCUCUAUGCCCCAGCGCAGCCCGUUUGCCGGGACCCAUGUUCCUGGUACAAGCUCGCCCUUCGGCCCUUCGAUCUUCAGCAGCUGGAAUCCGCCUGGCGGCCGGGAGAGGGGCAAUACAUUGGCAAGCAUUGCCAGCAUUGGAUCCAAUGGCCCCAGCUCUCCAGCCCAGUCCCACUUCUCCCGCGAAGGCAAUGUCGAGAAUGAUGUCCACAUCAAGACUCUCGAUUAUCUUGGCCUAGCUGAAACUCCGCAGCCUGCUCGGGCCCAGCUCGCCACACCAUACAUUCCCAACUAUGCAAAUGAGUUCACCAAGGCCGCAAACCGGUUCCGGUCCUAUUCAGUCAACAAUAAGGACAGGUACGAUGAUGAGGACGACUACGAUGCCGAGGCCGAGGCCCUCUCCAUCAUGGAGAGAGAGUAUGCGCAGCUUCAAGACCAGCUUGCUGCUACCAAUGCUGCCAUCCACAAUCACAAUCUCGCCGUCCAGGCCUUUGCGAGCCAAGCAGCCAUCAGCCGUCCCCGUGCCAGGACGGCUGGCGUCCUAGAUAUUCCCGCCUCCCGCCUGCUGCGCAAUUACUUGCCCACGCCGUCGCGACUGGAUAGCUCCAUCACAGCCGCCGAUAUUGGUUUGGUGGAGGAAAAGUCCUAUGAGGAUCUCUCCCAGUCUGUCGCUGCCAUGUCCUUGGGGAGGUCCAACAGCAGGGGCAAUGGUAUGUUGGGUUCCGAGGAACAGCAGCAAGGUUUGGAGGGUCCGACGAGUGCUCUGUGGCUUGGCAGCAUCCCAACUUCUACCACAACGUCGACGCUUACCGAGAUGUUCAAGUCGUAUGGCCCAAUUGUGUCGGCUAGAGUCCUGACUCACAAGAACUGUGGCUUUGUCAACUUUGAACGCGUCGAAAGCGCCAUUGCUGCUAAGGCUAGCAUGAAUGGCAAGGAGAUCUUCCCUGGUGCAGGGCCCAUUCGCAUCAACUACGCCAAGCCGCCGUCGAACACUGGCACUCCUGGCCACGACGGUGCAGUUCCAUCGCCGAGUCCCGAUCCGUUUGCGAAGGGCGACAAUGGUCAGGCUGCUGGAGCUUCUGGGGACUCUGGGUCGGGUUCUGCUGCCAAUACUACUCCCACAGUUCCUCCGCUCCACGAGAUGACUAGCGACAUCCUGAAGAUCGUCAAGCAGUUCGGUGCAACUGAGGAAGAUAGCAUGCGUAUCUCGGUCAAUCUCAAGCAGGCUAUCGAAUACAAUGCUUUCACUGACGAGAUCCCGCCCAUCAAAGAGCCCACCCACACCCGGGUCUAUGACGCCCCUAAGCUGCGUGACAUCCGCAAGAGGAUCGACAACCAGUCUCUGUCUCAGCCCGAGAUCGAAAACAUCGCUAUCGACAUGCUUCCCGAGAUCGCUGAGCUCUCUUCUGACUAUCUUGGCAACACUGUUGUUCAAAAGUUGUUUGAACACUGCUCCGACAGUGUCCGCGAUUCUAUGCUCGCCGAAAUUGCCCCGCACAUGGCAGAGAUUGGCGUCCACAAGAACGGUACUUGGGCAGCUCAGAAGAUCAUUGAUGUUUGCAAGACCCCGCACCAGAUGAGCGUUAUCGUCCAGCAUUUGCGGCCCUACACUGUCCCGCUCUUCUUGGAUCAGUAUGGCAACUAUGUCUUGCAGGGUUGCCUCAAGUUCGGCCAACCCUACAACGACUUCAUCUUUGAGACCAUGCUGAGCAAAAUGUGGGAAAUUGCUCAGGGGAGGUAUGGUGCUCGCGCCAUGCGCGCCUGUCUCGAGAGCCACCACGCCAGCAAGGAUCAGCAGAGAAUGUUGGCUGCCGCGAUUGCUCUACACAGCGUGCAGCUCGCCACCAAUGCCAAUGGUGCCUUGCUCCUGACCUGGUUCCUUGAUACAUGCACUUUCCCUCAGCGGCGCACUGUGCUGUCGCCUCAACUCGUCCCACAUCUGGUUCAUCUCUGCACCCACAAGGUUGCUUAUCUCACUGUGCUUAAGGUGAUCAACCAGAAGGCCGAGCCGGAGGCCAGGGACACCAUCCUCAAGGCGUUGUUCUUCACGCCCAACGAUCAGGUGCUGGAGGCAAUCCUCAGCGAUCAUGCUUGUGGCGCGACCCUGAUCUUCAAGGUGUUGACUACCCCUUUCUUCGAUGAGACGAUCCGGAACCAAGUUGUUGAGACCGUCAAGUCUGUCUUGAUCCGCAUCAAAGCUCAGCCUGGUCAAGGAUACAAGCGGCUGAUGGAUGAGGUUGGUCUCUCUACUAGGAACAGCGGUGGUGGAGGGUCUCGCGAUCAUGGUAAUAACGAUCGUGGACGUCCCACCUCCCGGUCUACUGCCAAUCAUCACCAUCAUCAACAGCAGCAACAUCAGCAGCAGCAAACGCAGCAACAGCAGCAACAGCCGCAUGCCCAGCAGCAGCAAGUAGCCCAGUAUAGCACCACCAAUGCUCAGUAUUACAACCAGCUGAAUGCGGCUGCGGCUGCUGCGAAUUACGACAUGGGAUUUCCCAUGCCGAGGACCGAUGGCAUCGACCAGUUCCCUGCUUUCAACCAGGGUCCUUUAUUCAACCCCGCCAACUCCCCUCUGGCUCCAGCUGCCUUGCAACCGAUGCAGUACCAGCAGAAUCUCCUUUCUCGCGGUGCCCCGCCUAUGAACAAUUUUUUUACCCCGAUGCAGACCGGUUUUGGCGGCUUUCCGGGCCCCAAUGCUUCGCUUGACCAGUUCCGAAAUCAACCUCUUGCGAACAACAGCCCGAUCCCCCCUGCUGGUCCUCAGAUCCCGACUUUGUCUACUACAGCUGCCCAGGCUCCCUUCGGCGCGGCUCCUGGAUUCAAUAUGAAUUUGGGCGGGCUGUCAGGUUAUAGUGGUUAUGGCAUGCAGACCCCUCCCCCUCCUGGUUACCUCCCACAACAACAACAACAGCAACAGGAGCAGAUCAAUUCUUCGAGGCGUGGACGUGUAGGUCGCAGCCCACAACCUGAUAACAGGCAACGUCGUUGA